GAUGACUCCAUUGGAGCAGAAAAAGAACAAAAGACCAAAACUCAGUAAAUCUCCCUCACAGACUGAUACUGAAAGGUACUGGCAUUAUGUGCACCAUGAAAUUGAUGAUAAAUAUAUUCCAGAGCCAAAAUUUUCAUUAGAAUCUCUUUGUAAUCGAGGAAAAAUAAAGAAAGUCUUAGUAUUGUCAUUUCCUGUUGUGGCAAAUGAACUUUAUCUUGAAGUUAAAAAGAAUUAUUAUACUGCUGUCAAACAAGGAAUAGUUGAUUAUAUAUUGAUGGAAAAAGCUGAAAGACAACGUCUUAAAAUUAAGAGACCUCCUCAAAAAUGGCCUCAUGUGUUUGCUCAGCCUCCUGUGCCAUGGUCCAACAUUGUAUAUCGAACUAAAAAAGUUCUAUUAUCAAAAGCAUUUCUUCUGCGUCCAUGCAUUAAAAAGAUUUCGUACUUGUGGGCUGAGAAGUAUCAGAAUAGAGAUUUGAUAAAAACAUCUGAAUUUUCUAGUAGUCCAAUACCUCCUACUAUUGAAGGAUUCCAUGAUUCUAUUUUAAAGCAAUGUAAAGAUGCACGAAACGUUUUACGUAAUCAGUGGAUUGAAGACUGUGUUCAAAUACUUAUUAAAUAUCGGAAAAUUGAUUGGGAUCCUUUAGUAUCAAGAAAACCAGGUGCAUCCUGUGAAAAGAUUGAGAGAUACUUUUCAUCUGUCGCUGCAAUUAUGUCAUCCAUGAUGAGAGAAAUAAUAACCAGAUCCAUAUGGGAUUGGAUGCAAUUAAUACAUAAAUAUGCUAUUGGAAAUGACAUUUCUCAAAUGGAAGAAAUAAAAUUUUCUAAUUUUCCUAUUCUGACAGUCCGAGUUAUUGUGAAGGAAAAUCAUAUAGAUUUUGAAAUGACUUAUGAAGAAUGGGAAGAAGAAUUUUUAUCUGUCAUUUAUAAACUUUUGCAGAUUUCAGAAUAUAUGCCAAGGGCUGAUAAAAUAUUGCUCCGAAUUUUAGAAGAUGAAAAAAUGAAUCUAUAUCCUGUUCCUUCUAAUGAUCAAUUGGUAGAAAUGUGCAUUAAUUCAGUGAAAAAAGAUUUGAAAUUUAAUAAUAUUGGAUUGCAACAGUAUCUGAAACAAUUUGAUAAAUUUCUUUACAUUAUCAAUGGGUCUUUAGAUGAAGAGAUUGACAAAUUCUUGAACGUAGAAGAGGAGAUUGAUGUUGAAAUGUUUCCUGAGAAAAUUCAUGAGAUACAACUGCAUAAAAAUAUAGUAAACAGUGAGAGAAGUAAUGUUCAUUUAAAUAUCAUAAAUUUGAACACUGAUACUUUGAAAAGGCAGCUUUGUGAAAAAAUAGAAGCUAUCUGCCAGAGAUUAAUACAUUUUCAAGUGGAAAUUAAUGCCAAACAUACUCAGUGGAUAUGUGAUGAAUUUCAAAUGAUGCAAUCUCAAAUAAUCAAGCCAAUAACAAAUACAGAAGAGCUUGUGGAGAUGACUAAUACUUUGAAAGUGGUAAAAAAAGAACUUAUGUGUCAUAGUACCAUGCUAAGAUGGCCAAGAAGUAUGAUAAAAUUGUUUAAAGUAACUUCUGUUGAGUUGCACAAGAAGAGAGAAGAAGCCGAAUCAAAGCUGGUAGACAGGAUAAAAAUAUUGGAUAAUAACAUUGACUUCUGUGAGAGGAAAAUAAAAAAUCUUCCUUUAAUUCAGGAAGCAACUCUAGAUGAAUCCAGAGCAGCUGUUGAGGGCUUGCAGUAUCUUCAUGAAUGUUUAGUUGAAGCCAGAGAUGAAUUAGCUGCAAUAAAUGAAGAAGAGCGCUUAUUAUCACGUGAUUUGACCUACCAUCCAAAUAUUCCAACAAUGUUUGCUCAAAAGGAACCUUAUGAAAAGCUAUGGACUACUGCUUAUGAUUUUUUCAAAAAUUACGAGAUUUGGUAUUAUGGACCUUUUGCUGGACUUAAUGCCGAAGAAAUUCGCGAUAAAGUGGAAGAAAUGUGGCGUGUGAUGUUUAGACUCGUAAAGACAUUUGCUGGCGAACUUGAUACAAGAGCAGUUGCUGAAACAAUGAGAGACAAAAUAGAGGCAUUUAGAAAUUAUGUCCCCCUCUUAUUGGCUAUUUGCAAUCCUGGAAUUAAAAAAAGACAUUGGAAAUAUGCAAGCAAAUUUUUAGGUUUUAAAAUAUUACCUGGUCCUAAUGCAACGCUUGAAGAUAUGAUUAGAGUAGGAUUGCAUCGUCAUAUUGAAAAAGUUGAGGAAUUAUCAGUAACAGUUUCCAAAGAAUUUGCUCUUGAGAAAGCUAUGGCAAAAAUGAAAGAUGAAUGGAAAGAUAUCGAGUUUGAAUUUAAACCUUAUAGAGAAACAGGUGUUCCAAUUCUAUCUGCAGUGGAUGAUAUUCAAGUUUUACUUGAUGAUCAUAUUUUAAAAGUUCAGACAAUGAGAGGCUCGCCGUAUAUAAAACCUUUUGAAACAGAGGUGAAACUAUGGGAAGAGAAAUUGCUUUUAGUUCAGGAUGUAUUAGAUUCAUGGCUAAAGUGUCAAGCUACUUGGCUAUAUUUAGAGCCAAUUUUUAGUUCUGAAGAUAUUAUGCUGCAGAUGCCUGUUGAAGGAAAAAAAUUCAGUACUGUUGAUAAAAGCUGGAGAGAAACUGCUUCUAAAGCGGCUUCAGAUCCUCAUGUUCUUGUUGCUACAUCUCAUCCAAAUAUGCUCCAAAAUCUGCAAGAAUGUAAUGUUCUACUAGAUGAAAUUCAAAAAGGUUUGAAUGACUAUCUUGAAAAAAAGAGAUUGUAUUUUCCGAGGUUUUUCUUUUUGUCUAAUGAUGAACUUCUCGAAAUUUUAUCUGAAACAAAAGAUCCUCAUCGAGUUCAACCCCACUUGAAGAAAUGCUUUGAAGGAAUAGCGAAAUUGGAAUUUACAAAAGAUAAUGAAAUCAUCGGAAUGAUAUCAGCUGAAAAAGAGAGUGUUCCAUUAUCGAAAAAAAUAGUUCCAGCUGCUGCAAAAGGAAUGGUUGAAAAAUGGUUGGCAGAAGUUGAAGUUAGUAUGUUGUUCAGUUUAAAAGAUGUUAUAGGAAAAUCUCUUGAAGCUUAUCCAAAUGUCCCCAGAACUGAAUAUGUUUUGAGCUGGCCUGGGCAAGUAGUGAUUUGUGUAAGUUCAGUUUUCUGGACUGCAGAGGUCUCAGAAGCUAUAGAAAAGAAUACAGUUGAGAAAUACAGACAGAAAUGUAAUCAGCAGAUUGAUGAUAUUGUGGCUUUAGUUAGAGGAAAACUUGAAGCAAAUAAACGUUUAACUUUAGGAGCAUUGAUUGUCAUUGAUGUGCAUGCUCGUGACGAAGUUAGCAAAUUAGUGGAGCAAAAGAUUACUGACAUAAAUGACUUUAGCUGGAUGAGUCAGCUGCGAUAUUAUUGGGAAAAUGAUACCAUCAUUGUAAGAAUGAUCACUACUGACUUGGAGUAUGGAUAUGAAUACCUUGGCAAUACUCCUAGACUAGUCAUAACGCCACUUACAGAUCGCUGCUAUCGAACCCUGAUGGGAGCUCUGAAAUUAAAUCUUGGAGGUGCUCCUGAAGGACCUGCCGGAACUGGAAAAACUGAAACUAGUAAAGAUUUAGCGAAGGCUGUGGCGAAGCAGUGUGUAGUCUUCAAUUGCUCCGAUGGACUCGAUUUUAAAGCAAUGGGCAAGUUUUUCAAAGGACUUGCUCAGUCAGGUGCAUGGGCUUGCUUUGAUGAAUUUAAUCGCAUUGAGCUAGAAGUACUCUCUGUUGUAGCUCAACAAAUUCAUAGCAUACAGCAUGCCAAAGCACAAAAAUUGACGCAAUUUAUUUUUGAAGGAACAGAAUUGUCCCUAAAUCCAUCAUGCAAUAUGUUCAUAACUAUGAAUCCAGGAUAUGCUGGACGACAAGAGCUGCCAGACAAUUUAAAAGUAUUAUUCAGAACAGUUGCCAUGAUGGUCCCUGAUUAUGCUCUCAUAGGGGAAAUUUCAUUGUAUUCUAUGGGUUUUGUGGAUGCUCGUAGCUUAGCUGGAAAGAUUGUUGCCACUUACAAGCUUUGUUCUGAGCAGUUGUCCUCUCAGCAUCAUUAUGACUAUGGUAUGCGAGCAGUCAAAUCUGUCUUAACUGCUGCUGGAAACUUGAAAUUAAAAUAUCCUACAGAAAUUGAAGCAAUUUUGGUACUAAGAGCUAUCAAUGAUGUAAAUCUCGCAAAAUUUUUAGCUCAGGAUGUACCAUUAUUUGAAGGCAUAAUUUCUGACCUGUUUCCUGGUGUAACUUUACCUAAGCCAGAUUAUACUGUCCUUUACAAAGCUUUGUGCGAUAAUAUUGAAAAAAGAAAUCUACAACCUGUUCCUUGGUUUAUAAAUAAAAUUAUUCAGAUUUAUGAAAUGAUCUUAGUUCGUCAUGGUUUGAUGAUAGUUGGUGAUCCAAUGGGAGGGAAAACAUGUGCUUAUCAAAUAUUAGCUGCUGGCCUCACUGAUAUACAUAAAUUAGGUCCAGAAUGUGGAAUAGAGGAAAAUAAAGUUCAGUUUAGAAUCAUCAAUCCAAAAUCAAUUACUAUGGGCCAGCUUUAUGGAUGCUUCGAUCCUGCAUCACAUGAAUGGACAGAUGGUGUUUUAGCAAAUACUUUUCGAGACUAUGCCAGUGAUCCUUCAGAGGAUAGAAAAUGGAUAAUGUUUGAUGGACCUGUGGAUGCUGUAUGGAUUGAAAAUAUGAACACUGUAUUAGAUGAUAAUAAGAAGCUAUGCUUAAUGAGCGGAGAAAUUAUUCAAAUGAGCUCAUCAAUGAAUCUAAUCUUUGAGCCUGCUGAUCUAGAACAAGCAUCACCUGCUACAGUGUCUCGUUGUGGCAUGAUCUACAUGGAGCCACACCAACUUGGUUGGCGGCCGAUGAAGGAUUCCUACUUGAAGUCACUUUCAGAAUUUGAACUGUCUGAAGAAAACAUAGAAUUGAUCGAUGAUAUGUUUGAAUGGUUGGUUGAUCCAUGUUUGCAUUUUUUGAAAUACAAAUGCGUGACUUUCCUUAAUACAUCGGAAAUUCAUUUGACUCAUUCACUGACCAGACUUUUCAACUGUUUGGUGAAAGAAAUGCUAGCCUCACAGCCAAGUGAUUUGGACGAAGCUGUUCGUAUUUCUGAUACACUUCGAGGAUUGCAAACACUUUUUGUGUUUUCAUUAGUGUGGACUAUUGGUGGCACAAUGAAUAACAAUAGCAGAAUUUUAUUUGAUGAUUUUUUUCGUUCACUUCUGAAUGGAGAUAAUGAACAGCAUCCUAAAGUCAAAACAUUCAAAUUAACCAAAGCUCAACUUUUUCCUGAAGAUGGACUUGUUUAUGAUUUUGUUUUCAAUGUCAAAAGUAAUUCAUGGAUUGGAUGGCUGAAUACUUUGCAAAAAGAGGACUUGGAUCUUCCACUUUAUGCCAGGAUCAAUGAAUUGAUAAUCCCGACCAAUGAAACUGUGAGGCAACGGUUCAUGUUAAAUACAUACAUUUCUCAUGAUGUACCUGUUCUUUUUGUUGGACCUACUGGAACAGGAAAGUCUGCAAUAACAAACAAUUUUCUGAUUCAUUUACCUAAGGAAAGAUAUCUUCCCAAUAGUAUAAAUUUUUCAGCUAGAACAACUGCUGGUCAGACUCAAGAUAUUAUUAUGAGCAAACUGGACAGGAGAAGAAAAGGCGUAUUUGGACCUAGCAUGGGCAAAAAAUGCAUUGUAUUUGUUGAUGAUUUGAAUAUGCCUGCUAAAGAAGUUUAUGGAGCGCAGCCUCCUAUCGAAUUACUUCGUCAAUGGAUAGAUCAUGGAUAUUGGUUUGACAAAAAAGAUACUUCUGUUCUAGAAAUUGUUGAUGUGAUUCUUGUGACUGGUAUGGGACCUCCUGGUGGUGGAAGAAACGACAUCACUUCACGUUUUGUUCGACAUUUAAAUAUUAUGGGCAUAGAUUCAUUUGACGAUGCAACACUUUGUCAUGUUUUCACAUCAAUUGUUAAUUGGCAAUUCCACAAGGGCUAUGAUCCAACUAUACAAAGACUUGGCAAAAUCGUUGUCAAUGCAACAAAAGACAUCUACACUGCUGCUAUUGCUAAUUUUUUGCCCACACCAGCUAAAAGCCAUUAUGUGUUCAACCUCAGAGACUUCGCACGAGUUAUUUGUGGCGUACUUCUGAUGCCAAGGACUCAUUUGAAGGAUGGAAAUAAAUUAGCUCGACUGUGGAUUCAUGAAGUGUAUCGUGUUUUCUACGAUCGUUUAAUCGAUGAUGAUGAUAGAGAAGCAUUUUUUGAAAUGGUGUCUAAUACAACAGUCGAGCAGUUCAAACAACCAAUGGAUAAACUUUUGGCUCACCUUACUCAAGGCUCUUUGAAAGAUUCCGACAUUAGAAAUUUGUUCUUUGGUGAUUACAUGGUUCCAGAUGACGAAGAAAAAGCAUAUGAUGAAGUGGAAGAUUUAGAUAAACUCUCUGAAGUGAUGAAUGGGUAUUUGGAUGAUUACAAUCAACUGACAAAGACACCAAUGCACUUAGUUUUGUUCAAGUUUGCUAUAGAACACAUUUCCCGUAUUUCUCGUGUUCUUAAGCAAGACAAUGGACAUGUUCUACUUGUUGGUAUUGGUGGAAGUGGACGGCAAAGUGCUGCUAAACUUGCUACUUUUAUGGCUGGUUUUGAAACUUUUCAAAUCGAAAUAACUAAAAAUUAUACUAUUGUUGAGUGGCGAGAUGAUAUUAAAAAGGUAUUAAGAAAAGCUGGAGCCGAUGGAAAAGCUACAGUGUUUUUGUUCAAUGACAACCAAAUUAAGGAUGAAUCCUUCGUAGAAGACAUAAAUAUGAUUUUAAACACUGGUGAUGUACCUAACCUGUAUGCUGCAGAUGAAAGAGCUGAAAUCCUAGAGAAAAUGCAGGGAGCUGCUAGAGAUAGCGGUAAAAAAAUUGAUACAACUCCUCUUUCUCUUUACAACUUUUUUAUUGAAAGAGUUCGUCAAAAUUUGCAUCUUAUUCUUGCGAUGAGUCCUAUCGGAGGAGCUCUUCGAAAUAGAUUGAGAAUGUUUCCAUCUUUAAUAAAUUGUUGCACAAUUGAUUGGUUCCAGACUUGGCCAGAUGACGCUUUAGAAAUGGUUGCUAACAAAUUCUUGCAAAGCUCUGAUAUCGAACCUAAUGUUCGUCUAUCUUGCGUUAAGAUGUGUAAACAUUUCCAUCAGAGUGUGUAUAACAUGUCAGAGAGAUACUAUUUUGAAUUGCAAAGAAAGAAUUAUGUUACUCCAACAUCUUAUCUCGGACUUAUUCUUACUUUUAAAGAUUUGUUGUCUAAAAAACAAGGUGAUUUGCUGAACCAAAAAAAUCGAUAUGUUGUUGGCUUAGAAAAAUUGGACUUUGCAUCUUCUCAGAUUGCCAUAAUGCAAGAUCAGAUUACUGCUCUUCAGCCGGAAUUAACGAAAAAAGCUCAAGAAAUAGAACAGUUGAUGGUCGUUAUUGAAUCAGAAACAGUUGACGUGGAAUCACAAAAAGAAUUGGUUGCAGCCGAGGAAGCUGUUGCCAACAGAAAAGCUGCCGAUGCUCAGGCCAUCAAAGAUGAUUGUGAAAGAGAUUUAGCUGAGGCCAUCCCUGCAAUGGAAGCUGCUGUUGCUGCCUUAGACACAUUGAAACCUGCUGAUAUAACUGUUGUCAAGGCUAUGAAAAAUCCUCCUCCUGGAGUAAAACUUGUGAUGGAAGCUAUAUGUAUAAUGAGAGGCAUAAAACCAGAACGAAAACCUGAUCCUAGUGGGUCUGGUAAAAUGAUCGAAGAUUAUUGGGGACCAUCUCAGAAGAUGUUGGGUGAUUUGAAAUUUUUAGAUGCUUUAAAAUCUUAUGAUAAAGAUAACAUUCCUGAACCUAUUAUUCAGAAAAUUCGACAAAAAUAUUCUAAUAAUCCUGAUUUUGAUCCUGCCGUCAUCAAGAAAGUGUCAGUAGCCUGCGAAGGCUUGUGCCGUUGGGUGCUUGCCAUGGAUGUUUAUAAUCGAGUAAAUAAAGUUGUUGCACCCAAAAAGAUCAAGUUAAAAGAAGCCACGGCUGAAGUUGCGAUACAGAUGAAAACCUUGAAUGAAAAGAAAAAGGCCCUGAAAGCUGUGACUGAUAAACUGCAAGAACUUAAUGACACGUUUACCAGUAAAACUAAAGAAAAGAAAGAUUUGGAAGAAAAUUUAGAACUGUGCGAACAAAAGAAGGAAAGAGCUACCAAAAUGAUUGAAGGUCUUGGAGGUGAAAAGGACAGAUGGAGUGGAGCAGCUGAAAGUUUGACUGUUGCUUUUAACAAUAUCGUCGGCGAUGUCUUGUUGUCAUCUGGUGUGAUUGCUUACCUCGGAGCAUUUACUGUUGAUUUUCGUCAAGAAUGCAUAUCCUCUUGGCUUGAUUUGUGCAAAGAAUCUGGCAUCCCUUGCUCAGAAACCUUUUCAGUCAUUGAAACUUUAGGUGAACCGGUUUUGAUAAGAAGCUGGCAGAUAUCUGGAUUACCUGUGGACAACUUUUCAGUCGAAAACAGCAUAAUCGUUAAGUUUGGAAGAAGAUGGCCAUUGUUAAUAGAUCCUCAAGGUCAGGCAAGUAAAUGGAUUAAGAAUAUGGAAAAGAAAGAUUUGCAUGUUAUUAAAUUAACAGAUAGCAAUUACAUUCGAGUCUUAGAAUCAGCUUUGCAAUUUGGGCAUCCUGUAUUGUUAGAAAAUGUCGGCGAAGAUUUGGACCCUGUAUUAGAACCAAUAUUAACAAAAGCUGUUUUUAAAGAAGGAGGCAUGGAGAUGAUUAAAGUUGGAGAUAAUGUGGUUCCUUAUUCUCAAGAUUUCAGAUUCUAUAUAACAACUAGACUUCAAAAUCCUCAUUAUUUGCCUGAAAUAUCUGUAAAGGUAACGUUAAUUAACUUUAUGAUCACACCUUUGGGUCUCCAAGAUCAGCUCUUGGGCAUAGUUGCAGCAAAGGAAGAUCCUAAUUUAGAGGAAAAUAAAAACAAAUUGAUUUUGGAAAGUGCAGAAAAUAAACGCCUCCUGAAAGAAAUCGAAGAUCGUAUCCUAGAAGUAUUAUCAUCUUCAGAGGGAAAUAUUCUAGAAGAUGAAACAGGCUGUCAAGUCCUAACAUCAUCAAAAAUUCUUUCAGAAGAAAUAUCAGCUAAAGAGAUAGUUGCUGAAAAAACUAAGUUAGAAAUCGACGGUGUGCGCAAUGGUUAUCAGCCAGUUGCAGUACAUUCUUCGAUUCUUUUUUUCUGUAUUUCCAGUCUGUGUAACAUAGAUCCUAUGUACCAAUAUUCGCUGGCAUGGUUUAUUUCAUUAUACCACCAGUCAAUUGAAAACAGUGAUGCAUCUUCUGUUCUCGCAACCCGUAUCAGUAAUUUAAACGAUCACUUCACUGCCAGUAUUUAUCGAAAUGUCUGUCGAUCACUAUUUGAGAAGGAUAAGUUGCUCUUUUCUUUCCUUCUGUGCAUUGGCAUUUUACGUGGAAGGGGUGAAGUGGAUGAGGAAGUAUGGAGAUUUCUAUUAACCGGUGGAGUUGCAUUGGAGAAUCCUUAUCCUAACCCUUGCCCAGAGUGGCUUACAGAUCGAGCUUGGUCUGAAAUAGUUAGAGCAUCCAGCUUACCAGAAUUGGGAACUUUAAGAGAGAGCGUUGAAAACGAUGUAUCUGGGUGGAAAAGCGUGUAUGAUUCUCUCAAUCCUCAUGAAAUGGCAUACCCUGCUCCACUUUCAACGCUGGGCGGUCUUUAUAAAAUGGUAGUAUUGAGGUGUCUCAGACCAGAUAAACUCAUUCCUGCUGUUCAGAAUUUUGUAUUAGAAAACAUGGGACAGUUUUACAUCGAACCACCAACUUUCGAUUUAGUGGGAUCUUAUGAUGACUCAAAUUGUUGCACUCCUCUUAUUUUUGUGCUGUCACCAGGAGCAGAUCCAAUGGCUGCGCUUCUUAAGUUUGCUACAGAUAUUGGUAUGACAGGAAAUAAGAUCCAGAGUAUUUCGUUGGGUCAAGGGCAGGGUCCUAUUGCCAAGGCGAUGAUCGAUAGAGCUUUGCAAGAUGGUUCUUGGGUUGUACUGCAGAACUGUCACUUAGCGACCAGUUGGAUGAAUACACUAGAAAACAUAUGUGAAGAGGAGAUUACGCCUGACAGGACUGAUAUAAAUUUCCGUUUAUGGUUAACAAGUUACCCAUCUGAUACAUUUCCUGUAUCUAUUCUUCAAAAUGGUGUGAAAAUGACUAAUGAGCCCCCUAAAGGCCUCAGGGCUAAUUUAUUAAGAUCAUAUAUGAGCGAUCCAAUCUCAAAUCCAUCUUUUUAUGAGGGUUGUGAUAAACCAGCAAAAUGGCAUAAGAUGUUAUUUGGAUUGUGCUUUUUCCAUGCACUUGUGCAAGAGAGAAGAAAAUUUGGUCCUUUGGGCUGGAACAUUCCAUACGAAUUCAAUGAGUCAGAUCUAAGGAUCAGCAUGACUCAGCUUCAAAUGUUCUUAAACGACUAUGAAGAAUUACCUCUGGAUGCGUUAACUUAUUUGACUGGAGAAUGCAAUUACGGCGGAAGAGUAACAGACGAUAAAGAUCGACGACUUUUACUAUCCUUGUUGUCUAUUGUGUACACUCCAGAAAUUAUCACAGUGAAAAACUACCAAUUUUCAGAAAGUGGUAUAUAUUACAUACCCGAUGAUCUCGAGCGAAAAGAUGUCGUCGAGUAUAUUCGUAGUUUACCCAUUAACCCUAAUCCUGAGGUGUUCGGUCUUCAUGAGAAUGCAGAUAUCACUAAAGACAACCAAGAAACACAACAGCUUUUAGAUGGAAUUCUUCUUACUCAAGGAAGGUCGGCCGGUGCCGGAACGCAGACAUCAGGAGAAAUGAUUUAUGAUUUAGCGGAAGACAUUCUUAGAAAGUUGCCUCCUAAUUUUGAUAUUGAAAAGGUAAUAGAACUAUAUCCGGUUACAUAUACAGAAUCCAUGAAUACUGUUCUCCGACAAGAGCUCAUUCGCUUUAAUCGUCUCACUUCUGUUGUAAGAGAAUCUUUGAAAAACUUGCAAAAAGCUGUGAAGGGCUUAGUAGUUAUGUCUUCUGAACUUGAGGAAGUGUUCGAUUGCAUGUUGAUUGGAAAAGUUCCGGCAAUGUGGGCCGCUAAAUCUUAUCCUUCAUUAAAGCCACUUGGAAGUUAUAUAGCAGAUUUAUUAUCGAGGCUUAAGUUUUUCAAUACGUGGAUAGAAGAAGGAACACCUUCCAUCUUUUGGCUCUCCGGAUUUUUCUUUACCCAAUCAUUUCUCACAGGUGUAUCGCAAAAUUACGCUCGAAAAUACCAAAUCCCUAUUGAUUAUUUAGGAUAUCAAUUUGAAAUUCUGAAGUAUGAAACCGAAGUCAGCGAGAAACCGGAAGAUGGAGCUUAUGUUACCGGUUUGUUCAUAGAAGGAGCUCGAUGGGAUCGCGUCCUAAUGGUACUGAAUGAAUCGUAUCCCAAGGUUCUCUACGAUACUCUUCCUAUUAUAUGGAUAAAGCCUUGCAAACGCAGCGAGUUCGUCCAGACUACAUCUUACAGCUGUCCAGUCUAUAAGACGAGUGCUCGGAGGGGCACUCUGAGCACCACUGGGCACUCUACCAAUUUCGUUAUGAUGAUCGAUCUGCCGUCCGACAAACCGGAAAAACAUUGGAUCAACCGUGGCGUAGCUGCCCUCUGUCAGCUUAGCGACUGAUUCGCAUUUUG